CUGAUUGUUUUGAAUCAUGUAUUCAUUGAGUCAUCGAUUUUGUAAAUUAAGUAAAUUUGGCUUAAAUUGUGUCAAAAACAGCGCUUAUUAUAUCCAUAAGACACACAAACUAUGGCCACAAGCGAUGAUCGACUGCAGACCUAUGAGACAAUUGUCGACCGAUAAUGAAAAGUCAAAUGAAGAGUCAUUUGUCUACGAAAUACCGCCACUCAUGAGGUUUACACCCAAAGGGAUGCCUAAUGUGUUGUAUGCCCUCAAGAACCGACUCAUUGUCUACUUGUAUUUGAAGCCAUUCUUAGACAAAGACUUUGAUCUCAAGAGUUUCCUAUUGGGAGCCAAACAGGCCUUAUCGAGUAUAUCAUCGAAUUUAGCCAAUGAUAACAUCCAUGGCAUCCAAGACAUGCUCACCGAAGAAGCUUACGAAGAGGUGUCGAAGAAUUUUAGGGAAUAUUCAUCGCAACAGAAACGACUGCUUAAAGUGGACACCGAAGACGUGCUCUUCUGCUUCCCCUAUAAUAUCCAAAUCGAGAGACAAUCCUCGGAUGCGGCGGUCGUUAGGAUAUUAGUGGUCUUCGACUGUAUCCCAGGAUUUCAAGACAUCAUUCACAAUGAGAUGGCAAAUAAAAACCUCAGACUCUUUGACAUCAAUAAGUAUUUGGAAAAUAAGAUUUGCUGUAAUUAUGAAUUUAUUCGUCAUUACAUGAAAGGCCGACAAAGCGAAUGGAUUGUCAGCAAACUAUUGCACAUAAAGGACAGGGAUUUACUCAGAAUGCAUGAGAUCAAUAUCGAUGACAGUAUAAGAGGGUUCGGGAGGAGUGAGAGAACUGUUAAGUAG